AUGCUAGAACCACGGACAGACGUCUACAUCAAUGGGGAGGAUGACACAUGCUGGUACCACUGGACUGGCAGGAUCUACGUCAAGAUCCUGCGCAUGGAGAAUCGAAAGGGAUGCUACAUCAUCAAGCUGAAGACCGGACCGCAUGCCGAGCUCGGAAAGCACAGACACCGUGAUGAGGUCCGCGCAUACACCAUUGCUGGGAAUUGGGGAUAUCAUGAGUAUAGCUGGAAGGGCAAGCCAGGCGACUACGUGACUGAGAUGCCAGGCACCAUCCAUACUUUGUACAUGGGUGAGAAUUCCGAGGUCAUCUUUGAUGUUACCGGGUCGAUUGAGUUCUUCAAUGAUGAUAAUACGCUCCGGGAGACUAUGGAUGGCUUCUCUUUUUGGAGAAUGUAUGAGGAGCACUGCAAGGAGAAUAAUUUGAAGGUCAACACUGGAUUGUGGUAUUAG